UAUUUCUCUCAUUGUUCGAUGUUCUCGGUUAAAUGGAAAAUUUGUCGAGAAUUUUCUAUCAAAUGAAUAUCAGAUUACAGGGCUAUUAUUAAUUAUUUUUUGGCUGCCAUAUAGCUUCUAUUUAAUUAUGGACCGUUGAGCCCCCUUUCAUACUACCAUGGCUGAUGCCGGAGCUGCUGAUGAGGAAAAGAAGAGGAAACAGGCGGAGACGGAGAGAAAGCGGGCGGAGGUCCGGGCCCGCCUUGAGGAGGCAUCCAAGGCUAAAAAAGCCAAGAAGGGUUUCAUGACUCCAGAUAGAAAGAAAAAGCUCAGAUUGUUAUUACGUAAAAAAGCCGCUGAGGAAUUGAAGAAAGAACAGGAGAGGAAAGCAGCAGAGCGUAGACGUAUUAUUGAAGAGCGUUGUGGCAAACCCAAGGACACUGAUGAUGUCAGCGAAGAGGACUUGAAGGAGAUUUGCCAAGAAUAUUACGCACGCGUCUACGCGUGUGAGGGUCAGAAGUGGGAUUUGGAGCGUGAAGUACGGAAAAGGGACUAUGAGAUUGCCGAACUCAACAGCCAAGUCAACGACCUCCGAGGAAAAUUUAUGAAGCCAGCUCUGAAAAAAGUCUCAAAAUAUGAAAAUAAGUUUGCAAAACUCCAGAAGAAGGCGGCGGAAUUCAAUUUCAGAAAUCAGUUGAAGCAAGUUAAAAAGAAGGAAUUCACCCUCGAGGAAGAGGACAAGGAGAAAAAACCGGACUGGUCGAAGAAGGGCGAGGAGAAGAAGAAAUUGGAGGAAGCAGCAGCAGCGGCUGAACUUGCAACACCCACCCCAGAUUUAACAGCAACCUCUGCAACGGAAACUGUAUCGACAUCAGCUGUAUCAACCCCUGCUCCCACACCAUCACCUAUACCUCCUGAAGUACCUCCUGCACCAACCCCGGAAUCACUCUCGACUGCGCCAUCACCUGCUCCCCCCGCUGAUGGUGAAGCUCCUUCCGGCGAUGACUCUGCUGAUGCUUCUGCGCAAGUACAGACUAAUGAUGCAGCCUCGACUGAUGACGCACCACUAGCAGAAGGAGCACCUCCCACAGGCUGCGGUAUGGGCGGCUGCAAAUGUGGAGAAUUCUGUCAGUGUUGUGUUGGUGGAUGUUCAGGAAAGGGUGCGCUGGUAGCAGCAUUAACCCCAGUUCCACCCGAGCCUUCUCCAUCGCCGGCACCACCAGCUGACGGUGCAGAGGCAGCUCCUCCGCCAACAGAAGGUGCCCCAUCAGAUGCCCCUCCUGCUACAGAAGCUCCAGCCCCAGCUGCCGAAGGAGAAACUCCAGCGGCUCCUCCAGCGGAAUCCGCUCCUGCCGAGGCGCCAGCGUCGUAAUUUCGCAACCAUAAUGUUGGCAAUAAUCUCUCUCGAGGAAUUCCCCAUCUGCAUUAAUCCAGCUUAUAUUAUGAGCUCCGAGGAGUCCGAAGAAUUCAACUGGACACCCUAAUGCAUCGUCGUAAGUUGUUCUACUCUAAUUUCAUGGACAUCACUCGGCAUUUUGACAUCCCUAGCACAUGCGUAAUGCAGUGAAUCUAUUGAAUAUCACAGCAAUACUAAAGCGAGAUCGCGCGAUGUCAUAUCGCUCGCGCAUCGCAAUGUCAGCAAUAUAUCCAACACGAAUGAACCAUUGUUCUCAUUAGAGAAUCGAAAAUUAAUUUGAAAUAUGUAAUUACUAGGAUGGGCGAAUACUUCAUUAUUAUUUUCAAUAAACGAUAUCAAAUAUUUGA